CCCAGAUGCAGGGGACUUUCAGAAGACUUCACUCCCAAGAAGAUGGCUCCGAAUUUGGCUUUGCUGGUCCUUAGCCAACUAGCUUUAUACACAGCUGUAACAUCUGUGAAAGUAUGUGGCCGACCUCCUACCACUGACGGGAUUGAUGAGUUGACCCUAAAACGAGUGUAUGAGGUUGGAGAAGAGGUGACCCUCACAUGUGAACGGGGCUAUUUGCCUUCAGCAGUGACCUCUCAAAGGAUGACCUGCACCGCCACAGGAGAAUGGACACAGUCAGACCUGGUGUGCUCCCCUAAGAUGUGCCCAAUCCCUGGACCUCUGCAGCCAUUAGCAAUGGGGAGGACAGAAGCUCCGUUCAAGAGUGUGCUCAACUACACAUGCGAUGACGGAUACGUCAUGCAAGGAGCCAAUGAGAGUAGGUGUUUACAUGAUGGUACCUGGAGCAAUCCACCACCUCUCUGCAAAGCUGUGAAUUGUCCGCUGCCCAAGCCACCUAGAGAUGGAAGAAUCGUCCCUGACAAGCCAGUUACAGGAACCACCACCAUUUAUGGGCAAGGCUGGACAUACGAGUGUAACCCACCAAAGGCACCAAGUUAUGAGAGGGGAGCCUGCCUGGCUGAUGGAAGUGCAACCGAGCCACCGUUGUGCCGGGAGGUGAGCUGCUCCAUCCCAUCAGGCAUACCAAAUGGUUUCAUCACCUUUGCUGUGAUGAGACAACACGGCUACAAGGACAAGGUUAAGUACGCCUGCAAUGAGCACUAUGUUCUGGAUGGUGAGGCGGAGAUACAGUGCCAAAACACAGGAAACUGGUCUUCCAAGCCAGUUUGCAGGGCUCCCUGCAAAGUGGGCAUCAAAAGAGGCCGUAUCUUCUACAAUGCCAAGAAGCUCUGGAUUGCAGACCUGAAACCAAACAGAGUCCUUCAUGGAGAACAUGUUGUCUUCUAUUGUCUGAACAGAGCUGAGAGCUGUGGCUACCCUGUGGCCAGCACCUGUAACGAUGGAACACUCCCCAUCCCAGAGUGCUUUGAGGAACCAGGCAAGGUGGAGUACAACUUAAGGGCCAAAACCCUUCCAUCAGAAAUCGCAAUGUGUGCUGCUUCACCCCCUGCAAGCACUGCAAGACCUGCAAGACCUGCAUAACAGAAUGACCUGAAACAACAUGUGCUCUGAUAAUAUAUAAAAGAUAGGAUCAUGAAUAAUGAGUCUGUAAUGAUAUGCUACUACUAUAAGACUUUUAUUAUUGGUCACCUUCAUCUUUUAUUUUGUCAUUUUCAAGUAAUGAUAGAGCAAAAGGUGUAAUUAAUAAUAAAAUAUGGACGUAAAAUGGUGAUGUGGUACUGUAGAGAGUCAUUGACCUAAAGAGCCUGUGUAGUUUCCAGUCUGCAGAUAUAUACAUACUGUACAUACAUACCUGUACCCAACACAGAGGUUAAAAUUAAAAAUGAAGAUCUGA